AUGAGGCCAGUAAUUUGGGUUGAUGGAAGUCAUUUGAAGGGCCAAUAUAAGGGAACACUACUAGUAGUUGCAGCGCAAGAUGCUAACCUACAAAUAUAUCCUCUUGCGUGGAGUGUUGUCGAUGGGAAAACAAAUGCAUCGUGGUAUUGGUUCUUUGCAAAGUUGAAAGAUGUCGUUGAUGAUUCAAACCAGCUAGUGUUUGUGUCGGACAGGAAGAAGAGUAUUAAGCGGGCAAUUACAAGGUUGUUCCCACUUUCCCACCACGGUGCUUGCAUCUGGCAUAUGGAGAAAAAUCUUAUUGCUAGGUAUAGCAGUAGCAAUGUCAUCUUCUUUUUCAAGCGGGCAGCGCUAGCAUACCGCAUAUCGAAAUUUGAUCAGUUCAUGACACAGAUAAGAAUCAUUCGACCGUCAAUGGCAUCUUACUUAGAACGUACCGGUAUAUCCACCUGGUCACAGGCACAUUUUGUUGGUAAUCGGUACAACGUUAUGACGAAUAACAUUGUGGAGUCAUUGAAUUCAGUCCUAAGGCGACAAAGAAGUUUCCCUAUAACCUCGUUGAUCAAAAAUAUUACGUCAUUGAUGCAACGAUGGUUCUACGAGAGAAAAAGUGCAUCCACGAAAUGUAGUACGACUGUGACACCAAAAAUUGAUGAUGAAUUGAGAAAAUCAUUCAACGUCGGUAACACAUGUUCAUGUCGAGAGUUUCAAAUGCGACAAAUCCCAUGUUCACAUGCAUCUCGAGCUGCUUGCGCAAAAGAAAAAUCAUUGUAUGAUUUGUGCUCCCCUUACUACACCACAAAAUAUUGGCGAGCUGCGUACAACGAAGUUCUUCACCCCGUUGGACGAGAGUCAGAUUGGGUUAUUCCUCAAUCUAUUCGUUUUGUCGAAGUUUUGCCCUCGAAUAUACGUAGAGCACCAGGUCGACCUCCUACCCAACGUCAACAGUCAAGAACUGAAAGGUCGACGUUGAGACGAAAAUACGGCCGAUAUGGGGGUUCUGGACAUAAUAGACAAACAUGUCAGAAUUCGACAUCUUUAAGUGACACGUAUACUUGA